GCGUUAUUAAAACCCCUCACUCUGGAGAAAAUAGAUUCUUCAUCAAACAGUUGCUCUGCAAAACUUUAAUUUUCUCCAAAGUAGAGGUUUUUGAGUUUUAGGUAUGAACCCACUUCCUCCGAAAGGGAUCCUCCAGAGCCAUGCUCUUGAAAAGGUUUGUAUAGAACUCUCUAGCAGUACAUCUAUGAAACUAGUAUAUAUCCUAGAGAGCAUGAAGAACUCAAGAAUUUACGGGAAACUACAGUGGAGAAGUAUGGCAGCAGGUAACUACAUCAUGUCUGUGCCAGUAGAUGAAGGGCUAUUCAUAGCAAUGCUUGUGAAGAUCAUGAACGCCAGGAGGACAUUGGAAAUUGGUGUUUUUACAGGCUAUUCUCUCCUUGCCACAGCGCUUGCUUUGCCUGAUGAUGGCCAGGUAACAGCAAUAGACAUAGAUAAAGAAGCUUUUGAAGUUGGAUUACCAUUCAUCCGGAAAUCAGGCGUAGAGCACAAAAUCAAUUUCAUCAAAUCAGAGGCCAAGUCGGUACUAAGUGAAUUAUUGAGUAAUGAUAAGCCCAGGGAGGAAUAUGAUUUUGCAUUUGUGGAUGCUGACAAGCCAAACUACAAACACUACCAUGAGCAAUUGCUGAAACUUGUUAAGGUUGGAGGAAUUAUAGCGUAUGAUAAUACCUUAUGGUUUGGUUUUGUUGCGCAAGAAGAAAAUGCAGUGCCAGAGCAUAUGAGGCAUUCAAGAAAAGCUAUACUGGAAAUCAAUAAGUUUUUAGCUAAUGAUCCUCGCAUCGAGAUCUCACAAGUUUCUGUUGGGGAUGGUAUCACUUUAUGCAGGCGUCUUUAUUGAGAGUUCAUCCGUUUUGGACUGAAAAAGUUCCAAAAACUGUGUUUGUAAAUGUAAGUUGUAUGAUCAGUAGCUUGCUUUGUGAAUUUGGCUUUGUUAUUAGUAACAUAUCCCAUUAAUUUGCAGUUAA